AUAUAUCUCUGGCCCUAAACUCUGCAAAUGUCGUCCUCUUCAUUCUAAUUCCAUUUGAUUCAUAAAUUCCCCAUCCAUGGCUUUUAAUCUCAUCUCCCUAUCUUUCUUUUCCAUUUUCUCCUUCGCCAUUUUCGCCUUCUCCGCCGCCGACGACAUCACGGCCGCCGAAACACUCCCCGUUCCCCAUCACCACCACCACCACCACGCUCCCUCGCCCGCACCAUUACCUCCACCGACCCAUUUGCCCCUUCACCCUCCCGUCCAUCCUCCGGCUCACCCACCAGCACACCACCGCCAUCACGCCCACGCCCAGGCUCCUGUUCACCCACCGGCAAAUGCGCCCUCUCACCAUCUCCCUCCAACUCACCCACCGGCUCCCGCCCACCACCACCACCACCAUAACGUCAGCCCAGUUCAUCCCCCGUCUCACUCGCCGGCUCCGAUCUACCCUCCGAAACCUCGGUUGGUGAGGAGCUUCAUUUCGGUUCAAGGUGUUGUGUAUUGCAAGUCCUGUAAAUACCCGGGAGCUGACACACUGCUCGGAGCUACCCCCGUCGCCGGUGCAAGCGUGAAGCUAAUCUGUCAGAACACUAAAUACCCAUUGGUUCAAACAGCAACCACUGACAAGAACGGCUAUUUCUUCAUCACAGCCCCAAAGGCCAUCACCAGCUACGCCUUCCAUAAGUGCAAGGUCGUUCUCGGCUCUUCCCCUUCCCCCACUUGCACCAAGCCCUCCGCUCUCCACGGCGGCGCUGCCGGAGCCCCUCUCCGCCCUCAGAAGUCUUACAUCGACGCCAAUAAACUCCCCUUCGUUCUCUACUCCGUUGGCCCUUUUGCCUUCGAACCCACUUGCCCUCAUCAUUAGUCCUCGUUUAUGCUUCUUCUUUUUAAUUCUUAUGCCUUUUCUUAAACGAUGUCGUUUCUUUGGGUUCUGAAUUCUGCUGCUGCCUUUCUGUACGGCAUGGUUUGGUUGUUAGUUUGUGUUUUAUGAGUUUGGAUAUUAUUUAUGGUACAAAUAAUCUGUUAACUUAAAUGUUCUUUUUCUUAUAUUUUCUUUUCA